AUGUCAGAUCGGACCGCAGCAAACUCUGUCGAUGGCCAGGGAGGCCAGGGAGGCCGCAACGAAGUCCAGCAGACUGACUCGACAAGCGAGAAUGCAACACGCCUGAAUUGGGAACACAACGACUCACCUGAGCGCCGCCAGCAGAUCCACCAGCAGGAACUCGACCUGAACUACUACCGGAAGUUCCUGGAAGAUUUGGUCGCCGUCAUGCGUGAGGCUCAUAGCGAUUCUGUCGCUCAUCUUGUUUCGCUUAUUCGCUCCGGGGCGUCGAACGAGGAGAUUCACAACACCCUUCGACGCGUCCAGGAUGAGAGCUGA